AGUCAUACUGAAAAAUAUUGUUAUCUUUUUUACUUACUCAUUUAGGUAUAAUCAUGCAACAAGUUUAUUUUCAGUUGUCUUCACGUCUCGAUUAGAAUUUAGUGUCAAUUACAUGGCAUAAAAAUUUUGAAUUUUAAAAUACUGACGAAGGAAACAAUGUAUAACAGAACGUAUAUAUUGCGAUUAUCAUACAAUAAAGUUAAUUUUCUAUCAUCUACAUUUUAUUCCACACAAGCAAAAGAAAAUCUGUUAUGGAAAAUUGUAAAUGUAGCUAUUAUUGGAGCCCCUAACUCUGGAAAAAGUACGUUAGUUAAUAAUAUUGUUGAACGAAAGAUAUGUGCUGCAUCCAACAAAGUGCACACAACUACCAAACUAGUUAGAGCUAUGUGUAUUGAGAAUAGCACACAGAUAGUAUUUCUGGACACUCCAGGAGUUGUUACAGAAAAAGAGCAAAUGAAAUAUAAGUUACCAGCUUCUAUGAUUGGAGCAUACCACAAAAGCCUUAACUGUGCAGAUGUUAUUGGUGUAGUCCAGGAUGUUUCAAAUUAUUACAGUAGAGAUAGUCUUCACCACCAAGUAACUGAUAUGUUACAAGGAGUCAAGAAUAUACCAAGCUUUUUAAUUUUGAAUAAGAUUGAUAAAUUAAAAUCAAAAAGGCAAUUGUUAAGCACAAUAAAAAACUUGACAAAUGGUCGUAUUGCCGGUAAACCAAUACCUGGCACAGAAAAAGAAAGCAGAAAUAAAAAAAUCCAAAGGGGAUUUGCAAACUUUUCUGACGUGUUUUUAGUAUCAGCUUUAAAUGGAGAUGGUGUUAAGGAAAUUAAGGAUUAUCUCAUAGGCAAUGCAAAACCAGCUAGUUUACACUAUUCUCCAACCGAUUGGACGGAUCAAACACCAGAAUCACUUAUAGAAGAUGCUGUCAGAGCAAAAUUCUUGGAUUUCCUGUCUCAAGAAAUUCCAUACAGUCUUAAAACCCAGUUGGAAUAUUAUGAUGAUGAAAUAGAAGAUAGGAUCGUAAGUUCAGUGGCUGUAGAAUGUCCAUCUGAGAGAAUAGCCAAAUUAAUAAGUGGUGCUGGUGGUGGUAGAUUACAACAAAUUAAAUCCCAUAUUAGAGAUGAUUUAAUUAGCUUAUUCAAGAAACAAGUUGUUAUAGAUAUACAAUUAAAAGUAAAAACUAAAAGUUAGAUAUAAUGUUUGUGCCUUA